AUGGCAUCUACCGUACCCGAACUCCUCAAUUCGGAGCAUCUAGAUCCAGGACAGUGGGAGUCGAAUUUCGUUGAGUUUUGUGUGAGUUCUCGUGUACUUUUCGAUGUUCUAUGGGACUUCACGGCUUUCCAGAAGAACCUCUUGUUCGCAAGCCACCACAAAGAGUGCACCUCGUCUUCGGAACUCCUUCAAAAAGUGGUGGCUCUCCGUUGCAUUCAAGAGCACGGAAUUCUGAGGUCAGUGAGCCGGAAUUUUGAGGGCGAUUGCCUGGCCGAAUGGGAAACAAGAGUGGUUUUUGCUUUUCGUUCGCUAUCUCCGAAUUUUCGCUCGCGGCCGUCCGUUAUCAGGCAGGCGCCUUUAGUCAGCAGCAAACGAAACAAUUUGUUUCUUUUCUUUCCAACAGAUUGAUGGGGGGGGAGACAAAAGUGGAAGGCGGGGAAGGAGAAUGGUCAUGUGAUGUAUGCGCACUUACUGCUAGCACCAUUGUACUUUGACUUUUUUUGAAAUUGUUCGCGGAAGGAAAGAAAUAGAGAUUGAUAGUGAGACAAUGCGGUCAAAGUAGGGGAAGGCGGGCAAGUUAAUGAAGUGUAGGCAUACUGUAGGACACUAUCUUUUCCAGAAACCACGAAUCAAUGCGUCAAGAAGCUGCUUCCUACAAUUUCAGCACUUACAAACAGCCCUACCUCUUCCCCGGCUUCAUCUCCCCACUCCAGCCGUCCACCUCGAAUCCGCUGUUCAACAUUCCGAUUGUCGAUGAAGAUCAGGAUCCGUCGACACCUUUCAAACUUCCGCUCUACUUUCAUUCGGUCACCUUCAUCAUCAAUAAACUCGCGAAAGAGGGAGUUGAUCGGAUCGUUGCUGAAGACUUGGCGUUGGAUCAUUUGUCCACGCCGACUGCAAAUCCACGCAGUUUCAUGUCGAAGGUGGUGUGCAACGGAUCGCCAAUAUGGAAGAUUGACGAAGUGACCGUUGAUUUCAUCAAAACCGUGCUCAAACGUCUUCAUGUAAGUUCCGCCGAAUCUCUCUAUUGUGGCCCAGUAGCUACUAGCUAGCAAUAUGUUUGUUCAGAAGCACGAGGAGUUCUCCACAGACGGUGCUCCGUACCCAUUCGACGUCAAAUCUGCUCUGCGCUUCUCCGAGCACCUUCACAAUCAGAUUCCACCACUUGUGGUAAGCGACAGACAGCACACUGCUAUCCUAUCCUACCGUAACCUUUCCCAGGCGAUCACCCCUCCCUACAUCGCUCACGAAGUCUCCAUAACCCUCACGGCAAUGGGAAGAUUCAUGGCGAUGCAUGAAAUUGUGAGCAACCGAACGUGUCUUGCAACUUUUCCAGAAGAAAAACCAUUUCAGAACGUUGAUAUCCAACUCCUUUUCCCAGUGGAAACCGCAAGUGUGGACGAGUACGCCUACCACUCAGCCGUCUUUUGGACGUAUCGCGAAGCGUUCAAAAAGUAUUAUUAUCCGACUAUGAUGGCUCCACUACCGCCAAAAUUUCUUCUUACGGUACGUCUACUCAAACUAUUCGCUUUUCAACUAGCGCAGAAGUUGUAGGACAAAGAAAGCGCCAUGCUUCGUCAGUACUGGGACGCUGGAAAUCGUCAUGUGACCGCAUCGGAGUCAGCAAUGUUGGCCAGAAGAUGUGAUAGUUUGGCGCCGUUUCAGGUAGACUCUCUACUGUUAGUGUAUGAUCACUUUGGACUCGUUUUCAGGUGUACGGCUACUUUGAACAACGUCGUCGCCGAGAGUACAGAAGAUAUCGGUUAGUGAGAGUCUGACCGCACAUAGCCCAUUCUAGCAAUAUUUUCAGUGACAACACCGAUGAAGAGGCAUUGGCCAUCGAAUCCACUAGAAGUCUGAAGAACUUGCGACAGAUCGGCUUCAAGCGAGAAAAGUUCCGACCAAACCUUCAAGACGAUUCGGGGCUCGAUGUAAGUGAAACUUUAGGUUGAGCUCUCGCGCUCUGACGCACUUUUGGAUCCUUUUAGCUUUCAGAAGCAUGAGAUUGAAAAGCUGAACCUUCUCUAUCAGCUCGGACACCGUGAUCCCGGCAUUAAUGAGUGUGAGCUUCUCGCCUCGAGCCUGAAUAUCGAAGAUAGUGUUCAGGUGAGUCUAGAACCCCGGAUCUCUACAAUAACCUAGUCAAUGUUUCAGAUCAAGCUUUAUUUCAUGGGUCGCGACGAGGAAAGCCGUUUGAAACGCAAUAAAUAA